AUGGACAAAAAAUCAUCGAAAACAAGCGCUGCUGGUGAAGCAAAAAAAUCAACAUCAACAACCAUCAUUCAGAACAAUGCAACUAAUACAUGUCGUGUUCGACGCGUACUACAAAAUUUUCUUCUGAUCUGGCUCGACGCCAAUAUUGAUGAGUCAAAUGAUGAUUUUAAGCAUUCAUUAACUCACCUUCGACAUAUCGUAGCAUCGAUCACAACAUUUACAGAUCCUAAAGAAUGUACUAAUUUUCUACACGAAAUUCAAUCAGAAAAGGUAUUUAUGAUUGUUUCUGGUUCACUUGGGCAAAAUAUUGUACCCAAAAUUUAUACAUGGUCACAAGUGCACUCAAUUUAUGUAUUUUGUAACAAUCGAUCGGUUCAUGAAAAAUGGGCUAAAAAAAUUUUAAAAAUAAAAGGUGUUCAUACUGAAAUCGAGUCUAUUUGUGAAGCAUUAAAAAAAGACAGUGCACGCUGUGAUCGAGCUUUGAUCUCAAUCAGUUUUCGUGGUAUUGAUGCGUCGUUUAUGUACACACAAUUGAUUAAGGAAGCUCUCUUGGAAAUUGAUGAUGAUGAUGCUAGUGAUAAGAAAUCUAUCAAAGAUCUUGCUGAGUACUGUCGUCUUCAGAAUGAUAUCGCUACAGAUGAGAUUGAAAAAUUUGAACGUGAAUAUCAUCAACAUACACCCAUUUGGUGGUAUACUGCACCAUUUUUCAUCUAUACCAUGCUCAAUCGAGCUCUACGGUUGCUUGAUGUUGAUAUCAUUCUAAAAAUGGGUUUCUUUAUUCGACACUUACAUCGACAUAUUAAACAAUUAUAUCACGAGCAACAAUCUACAAUGCGAACACCAGCAGUUCUAACAGUAUAUCGAGGACAAGGUUUAUCCAUACAAGACUUUGAAAAAAUGAAACAAAGCAAAGGAGGAUUUAUGUCAUUUAAUAAUUUUCUAUCAACCAGUCGUGAUCGAAAUCUUUCGUUGAAUGCAUUCGCACGUCCAGCAGCUCUUCAAGAUCCUGAUUCAGUUGUUUUCAGUAGUGCACCGAAAUCAUUAACUAAACCUCAAUAA